AUUUGGUCAUAUCCGCAUCACGUGUCUAGCUGAGCCAAUCCCGUGUCGAUGUGUCGAUAACCCGGUAGAGACAAAAAUGUCCGACCAUCCAGUUUAACUUACUUAAGCAGAGUCUUGUCAAGCGGCAAAAUGCUGUCUUCUGGGGACUUGCAACUUCAAGGCUGUCUGCGUAAACUGGAAACUCUCUUGCGGGCAGUAAAGUACCCUGGAAAUGUUGACUACAGCGGCCUGUCCAAAGGAGACCCCUCAGCUUUUCUGCCAAUUUUGAGCUUCACUCUCACCAUCUUCUCUCCACCUUUUGCUGAGCAACUUGUGGCAGCUGGACUGGAGCUGACCGGCAAAACUGACCUGCGAUUCACUGACUCACUCUAUAAGAUUCUGCGAGACAUAUUCCACUAUAAACCCGUCCUCUCUAAGCAACAGUUCCUGCAGAAGGGUUUCUGUCAAAAAAAGAUUUCUACAGUUUGUGACAUCAUUGACUUGGUUCUGAAGAGGCACAACGAGCUGAAAAAGCCCAGAGUCAGAAAUCCUGUAUCACACAAGCACAUCCGAGGAGAAGAUCAUCCAUCACUUACCAAGCCGGACAUUGUUAAUAUAGUCUUUGACCGCCCUCAUGUUGUAAAUCACAUGCAAAAAGAGGACUCACCACCACGCCACAGUGAAAUGCCGCCCUUGCAUGAUGACGUGUUUUCAUCCGAUUCUCCUAAAAACGUGAACACCCAGCUUGAUGAACAUGAACAUCAGCAGCAGCAGGAGGAGGAGGAAGAGGAGGAGGAGGAUGAAGAGGAGGAGGAGGAUGCGGUGGCGGUCCUUUCUUCCAUGGUUGAGCAAAGGCUGUCUGCUAUGGAAGUUAAAAUUGAGAGUCUUCUUUGUGGUCUUCAAAGGCUCAGUGCUCUGGAGGAACAUCUGGAGGAGCUAGAGAGCCGAAGUAACCCUGAAAAAAAGGAGGAAGGAGAAGUCAUCACAAUACCUCGAGAGAGCUGGGAAAAUCUUAUUGGUAGAGUCUUUUUGCUGGAAACCAAAUUGGAACUGGGCCUUGUAAAGUCAUGUGUACCUCCAACAUGCCAGACCUCUUCUGCACCACCCUAUGUCAGCUCCAUGUCUGAUGCUUUAAAGCGUUCAAACGUCAUAUAUCAGCAAAAAGCUGUUUUAAACACCAUGGAAGACACGACUGGCCCUUGUAAUGGCAUUAACACAACAACUAAGAAGAGGGACGACUAUCUGGAGUGGCCUGACUACUUCAUGGCUGUGGCCUUCUUGUCAGCACAGAGGAGCAAAGAUCCCAGCUCACAGGUAGGUGCUUGCAUUGUGAACCCAGAGAAUAAAAUUGUUGGUAUAGGCUACAAUGGAAUGCCCAAUGGUUGCGAUGAUAACCAGUUGCCAUGGGCUCGAUUGGCUGCCAACCGUCUGGACACUAAAUAUCCUUAUGUGUGCCAUGCAGAGCUCAAUGCCAUAAUGAACAAGAACAGUGCAGAUGUGAAGGGCUGCACCAUGUAUGUUGCGCUCUUUCCUUGCAACGAGUGUGCCAAGCUCAUCAUCCAAGCAGGAAUUAAGGAAGUGAUCUAUCUUUCUGAUAAGUACCACGACGCACCCGAGAUGACCGCUUCGAGGAUACUACUCAACAUGGCAGGAAUACAGCAGAAGCAAUACAAGCCCAAGAGGACUUCGAUUGUCAUUGAUUUUAACUCCAUUGACCCUCCUGCAGUUGAACAGCUCCACACAGUGACAAUGUCUGAUAACAGGAAAUCCUGAAUGUGGGACAGGACAUAAAAGAAAAACACUUUUGGACUAUUUUUGUUUCGGGCUGCCUUACUGUUUCAACGCAAAUGUCUUAGAAGAAUGUAUCCUCUCCUGUUUUCACAAAGUCACUUAUAAUACUCAAUUGUAGGAACUUUUUAAUGUGGGGUUAUGGAAUUAACAUCAGUUUAAGAAGUCAGGUUCUGUCAGGGGGACCAGACAUGUGUUUUCAAGUAUUUUCCUUAAGUAUAUGAAUAUUUAUCCAAGUCUUUACCUCUUUUACUUAGUUCAAAGUGUUCUUCAGUUCCUCUGACCUCUUGGAAGCUAACAUUAAUUCUUAGUGUUAUCAUUUAAAACUAAUGGCUGCUUAUUUCCGCUCCCUAGUCAUGAUCAGUUCUGUUCUGUGAAUACUAUUUGUCCUCCUAAGGGUGAGCUGGAAUGUGUCCCAGCUGACUUUGAUUGAGAUUUGGGGUAGACUCUGGAUGACCACCAUUCAAUCGCUUAGAAACAACCAUACAUAUUCACACUUAUAAACACUUAACAGUCUACAAUUAGACUGAGUUUUGUAGCAUGGGAAGAAUCUGGCGUACUUUGAGAGUUCCGGACUGCGGCUGACAUGCCAACUUUUCCACAACUUACAUCCUAGAACUAUCAAAUUCAUAUUUUUUUCUCUGGAAUUUGGAUUCCACUGAAAUGACAUGACUUGUACUGCUGCUCGAUCGCGGUUGCAAGCUGAUUAAGGUCAAGGUUCUAGAAUGAGCUAUUGAUUUUUUAAAAUAUACCUGAAAAGAUGCUCAUAUCAAUGCAUGCGUUUUUAGCUACAGUGCCUUAAAGCAGUGGUCCCCAACCUUUUUGAAGCCGGGGACCGGUCAACGCUUGAAAAUUUGUCCCACGGACCGGGGGGGGAGGGGGAAUAUUUUUUUAUUUUUUAUUUUUAAAUUUGUUUUCAUAAAGAAAUACAAUCAUGUGUGCUUACGGACUGUAUCCCUGCAGACUGUAUUGAUCUAUAUUGAUAUAUAAUGUACAUAUUGUUUUUUAUGUUGAUUUAAUUUUUAAAAAAAAUUAUUUUAUUUUUUUUAAUUUCUUGCGCGGCCCGGUACCAAUCGCGGCCCGGUGGUUGGGGACCACUGCCUUAAAGUGUGUUUUUAAUUAAAUAUUGUAAUGGGUGUUAACCAUGGUGACAUCAUUCACAGAAAAAUGCCCAAAUCCACCAAAUAGGUUCCUUUCUAGCGUGCACUGUAUGUGCCGCAUGCAUCUCCCUGAAACAAAUAUUUUCUGGCAUUUUGUGGAGCCAUGGUGAUGUCAUUUCAGAAAAUUUAACACAAAUUGGAAUUAUUGGUAAAAAAAUAAUAAUAAUGUGAAACCUUCAUGUGGAACCUACCUCCUUUUUCCAGACACUUUAUCUCACACACGCCCUUUCUGGAUUAAAGGUAUUUUCAUGUAAAUGUCCCACUCCCAUUUAUACUGUAGUUGUCCCUCGUUUAUCACUGUUCCGAACAUGACCGCGAUAAACGUUAUUUAUAAAAUAAACAUGUUCUUAGCAAGAGCAUAAAAGCACAGUUGAAGACCUUCUGAAUAUAUUUUUCAACAUUUAUGAGAGCCCUUUAGACAUGAAAGAACAUCCUUUAGUCACUUUUACAGGCUUUAAAUCCAAUAUAAUAAUGCUGGCUGAGACUGAGCCAAUCAAUGGCCACGAUACUGAACUGUAUGGUCUGAUUGGUUUGGUCUCAUCUCGUGGCCACUCCUACUGUAGUAAUGAUAUUUUUAUUUCACAUAGCCAUUUUUAGGCUUGGGAAUGCUUAAUUUAGGAGCAAAACAUAUGUAGGAUAUGCUUUAAAAAACUAAAUGUGUGCUGAUACACAAUCAAAUAUACAUACCUAUAUAACAGCUACAAAUAAACAUAAGUCAUUUAUUGUUUUCAUCAGAAUCCCAUUUUUUUUUGUAUUUGCAUGGGUUUUUAUUGAAGAUUUGGAGGUUUAUUUUUGGUUUGUGUUUUCUUUUAAGGAAUUUGAGUUAUUUUGAAGGUGUGUGUGGCUGUGACAACCAGUAGUUGUCAGUCUUCAGUCUGUCAGGUGCUUCUCUUUCUGACGAUUAGACAUCUGGAAAGUUGUUUUUCAGGGUUUAAACAUUGUUUGGCAUGUCUAUUUGUCUCUUUUCAUGUCAUGUAGUUGUUUUUUGGAGUGAGGUACAGAUAGCAAACAAGCAUGACUAUGUGAGCACCACAUUUUUUUGUGUGUGAGACGAGUUCGGGCCGUAGGAGAAAUCCCAGAAGUUUUUUUUUCCACCACACUGGAGGAAUAAACUUUUUUUUUUAUCCAA